GUAUGUAUACUGAUCCUGUGCAACCGGAAUCCUCUAAAUUAUGUUUUGGUUUUCUUGUUAUUGCUUGGAUAGAAUUUAAAAUCAUGCGGCUCUUGCGUUCUUUGUUAAUUGGUUAUGAAUUAGUAAUAUGAGUUUAUGCAUACCACUGCAGUGACAACUGGAUUUAUUGCAUGUGUUAAUUUGUUUUGAAGUAAGGAAACAGCAGGUCUGCCGCAAUCAAUAAGGAGGUUUGGGCAUUUGGGAAAAAAAAAAAAAACGUAUUAAUUAGCAAGCUUUACGAUCGAUAUUUCCGACUCGAUUGAAGAGCCUGACAUCGAGCGUGCUGGCGAUCGACAACUCUCGUCUGCUUGUUUACAAUUUCUGUUGACGUUAAAGCCGCUCGUGGCAAACAAAAAAAAAAAAAACGCUCCGAAUUUGGAUCUCGCCUACGAUUGUUUGGCCGAACAACUCGCAUCGGGUGCCUUUUUUGUUUGUUUUUUCUUCGAGCCUUCUGUCUAUUUUUUUUCCGCGUCCGGUUUUAGCGGCCGAUGCUAGCUGGCGAGCUAGCUGGUCUCGGUCGGGAACAAUGACGGCGACCUGCGCCGACGGCGGCGCCGGCGGUCUGGGCGCUAAGGGGCUGGACAUCAGCCUGGCCGCCUUGCAGAGACACGACCCGUACAUUAAGAGCAUCGUGGACGUGGCCAGCCAGGUGGCCCUCUACACCUACAACAACCGGGCCAACGAGUGGGAGAAGACGGAGGUGGAAGGAACUCUAUUCAUCUACACGAGGCUGGCUCCCCCCACGCACGGCUUCACCAUCAUGAACAGACUCAGUAUGGAGAACCUGACCGAGCUCAUCAGCAAAGACCUGGACUUCCAACUCCAGGACCCCUUCCUGCUCUACCGCAACGCACGGCUGGUCAUCCACGGCAUUUGGUUCUACGACAAGGCCGACUGCCGACGCGUCGCCCAGAGGAUGAAAACUCUGACCCAGCAGGAGCAGGCGGCGGGGCAGGAUGCUUGGCCGCCCCCGGACGGAAGUGCGGGCGGCGUGCGAGGCGAAGGGCAGGCGGUGGACAUCAUCCAGAUGCUGACCAAAGCUCACAGCCAGUACGACAAGGAGAAGUCGACUUCGGAACCCAAAGAGAUCGGCGGCAGCGGAGUUCUUUUCGGGAAGCCUAACCUCAUCAAACCCAUCCCCUUCAAGCCCAGCAGUCCGGACAACGAGCCCAAGCCGCUCCCCCUGGCCUUGCUUUUUGGCUCUCGGCAACAGGGCUCGCCCAAACUCGACUCCGCGCCGCCCGUCACAAGAAAAGCGUCUCGCCCUCCCGUCGCCCGAACCCUAACCUACGAAACCCCUUCGGCCCCCGCCCCGGCCGCGCAGAAGCUCCCGCAGGGGCAGAGGGCCGCCCCCGGGGGGGUCCUUCACACGCUGUCCGAGUCACCGGAGAACCGGCUGUGCAACAACGGCGUGCCGCUGGACCACCAGCACCACCGCCAGCUAGACCCGAUCAAGAAACUGUUCCAAGACCAGCCCCCGCCUCACGUCGCUGCCCCUUGUUGCACGCCGCCACAUUCUCACCAGCACAGCUUUUUCAGCCACUCCAAGCAGCCGACGCAUACAGCCGCCGGGCUUUCCCCCCACAUGCUGGUCCAGAAGCUGCAUCUGGUGCAGCAGGAGCAGAGUCGGGCCGCCCCGGAACCGCCACGCCCCCCCCUGGCCCCAUGCUUCCAGGGUCCCGCAGCUCCAAAGGCGGGUCUGGACUUUCAGGCGCCUUCUCCACAGAGGAUGGCCGCCACCGCGGCCCCGACGCUGCUCCUCUCGCCCGGCGUCUUCUCCCAGGCGUCGCCGCAAGACCCCUCCUCGGGCCGAGCUCUGUCCAAACGCCGGCUCCAGGCAGCCUUGCUGCACCUGAUCCAGACGGACGACAACUUCCUGGACAGCAUCUACGAGGCCUACGUGGGCCAUUUUGCAUGACCAGCGCAGCAGCAAGUCAACUUGGAUCGACUUCAUCCGGACGCCGCGCACAAACCCAAACUAGCGCCACAAAAGCGGUCUUGGGAUAUUUUUUAAUUUUUGGGGGGGUUAUGGUGGAAUGAAGCACACAUUUUGGACAAGGGAAAAGUUUAUUUGACUCGAUGUAGCAAUUAACUGUUUUGAAUAUUACACUGAAAAUGUACAAUUGAGCACAUCAGAAAGCCCAUGGUUAUUUUUUUUAUAUAUUUUCAAAACAUCUUUAGGAAAAUUUGAUUUUAUAUGCCAUCUAAUGAUUGUAUUUUUGUAAUAGAAUUUUCAUUUUCAAGAGCAUCAUCCAUCUCGAAAAAGCAGCGCCAUGUCGCAGGGCUGCGUGUAAACACCCCCCCACAGAAAUGUAAAUGAGCUGUCCCGACAUAUAAACAUUCAACUUCUACCAUUCCAUUAAAAAUAAGCAAUAACAAAAUAACAUUCCAGGAUGCACUCAUUUGAAUUAGUGUUGAGUAAAGAAAUCAAAGAAAUAUUUUUUCAUCAAUUGAUAUUCCUUUUGCAUUUAAAUAUUUUCCAGUGGAAAUCCAUCUAGCGAGGGAAUUGUUAAUUGUCAUGAGAUAUAUUUUACACACGGUUUUGUCAGGUAUGUUGAGUUAUGACCUGUGUAGUGGAAUUGGCAAAUGUUUUCAGAGUUACAUAUUUGUCACUGUUGUCUUUUCUCCCCGCUGUUACAUUGGCGACCACAAGAUGGUGCAGGUGAGCCUAAUUAAGAUUCCGUUGUGUCGGAAUAUUCGCUGGACGGGGGGUGGGGGGGGGGGUUCAUUGUCAAGAGAUAUAUUUUACACAGGGUUUUUGGACAGGUAUGUUUAGUUAUGACGAGUAUAUUGGAAUUUGAAAAUAAAUGGUUUUUAGAUUUACAUAUUUGUCACUGCUGUCCAUAUUUGUUGAGAAUGCAAUGGCCGCAGUUGAGCCUAAUUGAUUCCGGUCUAUUUUUUUUUCUUUUGGCGUUGCAAAAAGCUAUUAAUUUUCCACUUACGGUCGAUCAUUCCAUUUCAUUUUAAUAAGAAUUUUAUCAACACAAUUAAAAAAAAAUAAUAAUUGUAACCAAAUACACAAACGAGUCAAGGCUCAGCCAACACAUGCGA